AUGAUGAAAAUAUUUUUAAAAUAUUCAUAUGAAUAUCUACAAUUAAUUAAAGAUUUAUUUAUAAAUAAUAAUCAAUUAAAAUUAAAAUUAUCUUAUGAUCAACAAUUUAAUAUAAUAAAACAUAUUGACAAAUUAAUUGAAAAUCAUAUAUUAAUUAUUAACAAACAAACGGAAUUAUUAAAUUUAUUUUUCGAACAAGUUCAAUUAAAACAAAUAUAUAAAUCAAUAUUAAUUCCUUUUCUAUUAAAUGGUUAUUGA